UGCAGUCGUUGCGAAGCCAUUGUGAUUCCUCCCGACCAGAGACUGAGUUUCUUCAGUGACUACAGCCGGACUCACGCCUGCCCCUCCUGCGGCCACGUCGACCACCACUUCGUGAAGCCCCUGACGUCCUUCGUGAGGGACGACAGGCAGGCGUGGUAGUGGCUGGCGUCCUCGGGUCCCCCCCCCCACACCCUCACCCCCGCCCAGCGCUUCAGGCCCGGACCAGCCUUGGCCGGGGUCUACGUGCCCAUUACACUCAUAUAACACAUACAUCCCUUUGUUUGGCGUUGUCACCUUCAGAAAAGAGUGUGUAUAGUGAACUUACUUUGUCUUUUGGAAAUGAAGCAAGGACAGGACCGAACAAAUAGCCAAAGUGAAAAUGGACCGAGAAGGAAAAGGAAGUGAAAAGAAACAGAGAAUGCGAGCGAGAGAGAGAGAAAGAAAAACAAGGAAGCAUGGUAUUUUUUGAAAAAGUAAUCAUAAAUAUAACGAGAAAGGAAAACGUUAAGACAUGGGCUGACUGGAAAGGGUGUGAGUGUAGUCAGUCAUUUUUCUCCCCCCCCCCCCAGCCAAAACCAACCCACCACACACAUACAUUGGUUCUUUGCUAGGUUGUUCAGAAAAAUGAAAUUCGUGUGUGUGUGUACUUCUGCAAGAGAUGGAAGAAGGAAGAUUUCAUUGCCUUUGUCGCGAGUUCGAAGAUUUAUGCAGAGAAGAGAGAGGAAGAUCAAGAAGCUGGCUUUGAUAGGGUUUUAGUCUCUUAAAACAUUCAGAUGAUGGAAGUGUGAAGACCCUUUCUGUCUGUUACACAAAAGGAGGCAGAGGAUGGCAUUGAUGUGGUCGGUGAGGAAGAAGGAAGAUGGAGGGCGGAAGGAGGCGAAAGAGGAGAAGGAGGAGAAGAAAAGAGAGGAGAAGUGAGUGAGAGAGAGAGAGAGAAAGUCUAGAAGGAAAAGAUUUUUUAAAAGUGCGUGUGGGAGGUGUGGAGUCUCCCUCAGGAGGCUCAUUUUACGCUGAAAAAUAUCCAAAGGACCGUGUUAUGGAAGUCUUUUUUUGCGGAAAAUAAAUGACUUGAGAAGGACAGUGAGGUGUUGGCGAACGCAGCGGCACUUCUUCAGGUGUUGCUUGAAUGGACGACUUGAUGCUGCCGAAGAAGGGAGAAGGAGAGAGAGGGAGAGGAAAAGGAAAAAAAGGUGUAGAUAAAAACAUUUUAUCUCCUGAUGUGUCUUGUGUUUGGAACUAAUGAUGCUUUUGAAGUGUUGUUUGUUUUUAUACAGAAAAAAGGAAGAAAUCUUACGAAAACUGAAAAAGUCUGCUGCACAACACCAUGGUUUGAUACCAUACCUGCCAAGGAGAGUGUCCGAGAAUCAAAUUCUGGGCAUGUUUCUAGUGUGAAUGGCUCGGAAAGAGAUAGAUGUAAAAAAUGUACUUAUGUGGACAAUUGGUGUGUUUUUAUACGAGUACAUAUUUUUUUUUUAAGAAGCCCAGAUUUUAAGGUGUCUGCCGGGGAAAAUUUAAAAAGUAGACAGACUCAAACAAAAACUUUAAAAAACUACAAAAAACUACAAAAAAAAUAUUACAGGAACCCAUAUGGAACCGGGGGAUACUUUGUCUUUGUAAUGUUUAAUUAGUCCACCGAAAGACGUGGACGGAUGUAAAUAAUGAUAGAGAAUAGUCGUAUGCUAAUUGUGUGAUCUCCUAUGCUGUAUACAACUUUAUUCCAUAAGUCCGAUUUUAAUGUUUCAUCGUAGAGAUAGUCCAUAAAAAAUCCUUGCUGAUAUAGCGCCCGAGACAAACAAACAAACAAAAGAGAUGAACUUACAACCCCGUUUUAUGAAAUUUGCAACGUGGAAAGAAAAAAAAAACAAGAUAAAACAGACAAACAUGAUUUGGAAGAUGAUUUCAACAACAAUGACGAUGACAGUGUGGAUGAGAAAAGAUUGAAAAAGAAAAUGGAGGUGAGUUAAAAAGACGAUGGAGAGUAAAAAGAAGAAAUGUCGAAGGAAUAAGUGUUAACAGCGACGAAAGGAGGAAGAGGAGGUCGUGGUGAUGAUGCGAGGGCGUGGACGAGGAGGUGAUGAAGUGAAGAAGUGGAGGAGAUAUCGGGAAGGAGAGGAAGAGGAGGUCGUGGCGAUGAAAUAGGACGUGGAGGUAAAUAUGAAGACAUCGAAGAAAGGAAGAGAAGUGGGACAGAAAAAGGAAAAAGAAAAUUCAAACGUUUAGGAAAAAAUAAUUGGCGGUUAAUUCCAUCUUGUAAAAUUGGCCAAAAAACGACAAAAACAACAACAUAGAAAGGAGAACAACAACGAUGAGAGGGGAGAUAGAAGAGCGGAUGGUGAAUGAAGAGAAAAAAGAGAGAGAAGGAGAACGAAGAAGACAACAACAAGAAGUAAGAUAUUGCCCACAGACAGAACACGGAAGAGGAGGAAGAGAAGAAAAAAAACACGAAACGAAAUCAAGAAUAACAGCAAGAGAGAGAGAGAGAAACGGAAGAAAGAGAUAAAACAGAGAAACCGGAAACCAACCCCCCCCCCCCUCAAACCACAAAACCACUCGAACCCCACGUCCAGAACGGCAAAGGUGGGAAAGGGAGAAGAGAGAGAAAGUGGCGAAUAACGGAAGAGAUAGAGAGAAGAAAAGCGAACAUCAAAAGAUGGAAGAGAAAGAGAAGAAAGAGAGAAAGGAAUAUCGGAAAGUAGUCGUGUUAACGAAGACGGGAAUCCAUCCGGUAAAGAAGAAAAGAA